GCCCUCCGCGCCGCUCGAGCGGCGAGCGUUUCCCAACGUGAGCGGGCUGAGCGCGCCGCGGCCAGGGGUGGGGAACGAGGCGGCAGGCGGAGGGCGCCGAGGGAGCGCGGCCGCCACGGGCCCACAUGCCGGCGGCCAACAUGCUGGAGAACCUGCAGCCGCCCGCCCUGCAGGUGCCCGAGCCCCAGGGCGCGCCCGAGGGCAGCCCGCUCUGGUCCAGCUCGUCGACCCCCACGCUCCGACGCCGGCGCUUCAAGAUGCGCCGCAUGAAGAACGUGCAGGAGCAGAGCCUGGAGGCCGGGCUGACCCGGGACCUGCCCGGCGUCCUGGCCCCGGGCAAGGAGUUCCUGCAGCUGCCGUCCAUCGAGAUCACGCCCUCCAGCGACGAGGACACCCCGUGGUCCAACUGCUCCACACCCAGCGCUUCUCCGCGCCGAAAGCGCUUCCUCCUCCGCAAGUGGCUCAGGGUGAGGGAGCGGAAGGAGUGCAGUGAAAGCAGUAGCCAACAGAGCAGCCAUGAUGAUGAUUCAAGCAGGUUCCUGAGUCCUCGAGCGUGGGAAGAAAGCACUGCCAGUAACUCAAACCGCAGCACGCCAGCCUGCUCCCCCAUCCUCCGGAAACGGUCUCGCUCACCAACCCCGCAGAGCCCGGACGGAGACACCAUGGUGGAGAAGGGCUCGGAUCACUCCUCCGACAAGUCCCCGUCCACGCCGGAGCAGGGUGUGCAGCGCAGCUGCUCAUCACAGUCUGGCCGGAGUGGCGGCAAAAAUUCCAAGAAAAGCCAGAGUUGGUAUAAUGUGUUAAGCCCAACUUAUAAGCAGAGAAAUGAAGACUUCAGAAAGCUCUUUAAGCAACUUCCAGACACGGAGCGCCUCAUUGUUGAUUACUCAUGUGCACUCCAAAGAGACAUUCUUCUUCAGGGCCGACUCUACCUCUCUGAAAAUUGGAUAUGCUUCUACAGCAACAUCUUCCGCUGGGAAACUCUGCUGACCGUCCGUUUGAAAGACAUCUGCUCCAUGACUAAAGAAAAAACGGCUCGCCUCAUUCCCAAUGCCAUUCAAGUUUGCACUGACUCAGAAAAGCACUUUUUCACUUCAUUUGGGGCCCGGGAUAGGACGUACAUGAUGAUGUUCCGGCUCUGGCAGAAUGCGCUCCUUGAAAAGCCCCUGUGCCCCAAGGAGCUCUGGCACUUCGUUCACCAGUGCUACGGGAAUGAAUUGGGCCUUACCAGUGACGAUGAGGACUACGUGCCCCCUGAUGACGACUUCAACACGAUGGGCUACUGUGAGGAGAUCCCUGUGGAAGAGAAUGAAGUGAACGACAGCUCAUCCAAAAGCAGCAUCGAGACCAAGCCGGAUGCCAGUCCACAGCUACCCAAGAAAUCCAUCACCAACAGCACACUGACAUCCACAGGGAGCAGUGAAGCCCCUGUCUCGUUCGAUGGCCUGCCCCUGGAGGAGGAGGCGCUAGAGGGGGAUGGGUCCCUGGAGAAGGAGCUUGCCAUUGACAACAUCAUCGGGGAGAAGAUUGAGGUCAUCGCACCUGUGACCUCCCCUUCGCUGGACUUCAAUGACAAUGAGGACAUCCCCACAGAGCUCAGUGACUCUUCUGACACCCAUGAUGAAGGGGAGGUCCAGGCCUUCUACGAGGACCUGAGUGGCCGGCAGUACGUGAACGAGGUCUUCAACUUCAGCGUGGACAAGCUCUACGACCUGCUGUUCACCGACUCGCCCUUCCAGCGGGACUUCAUGGAGCAGCGUCGCUUCUCCGAUAUCAUCUUCCAUCCGUGGAAGAAGGAAGAGAAUGGAAACCAGAGCCGAGUGAUCCUCUACACCAUCACCCUUACCAACCCUCUGGCUCCUAAAACUGCCACCGUCAGGGAGACACAGACCAUGUACAAGGCGAGCCAGGAGAGCGAAUGUUACGUGAUAGAUGCCGAGGUCCUCACGCACGACGUGCCCUACCACGACUACUUCUACACCAUCAAUCGCUACACUCUCACCCGCGUGGCUCGGAACAAGAGUCGACUCAGGGUCUCCACAGAGCUGCGCUAUCGAAAACAGCCGUGGGGGCUGGUGAAAACUUUCAUCGAGAAGAACUUCUGGAGCGGGCUGGAGGACUACUUCCGCCACCUAGAGAGCGAGCUGACCAAAACGGAGAGCACCUACCUGGCUGAGAUGCACAGACAGUCUCCCAAAGAGAAGACCAGCAAGGCCCCAACGGUCCGGAGGAGGAAACGUCCCCAUGCCCAUCUGCGGGUGCCUCACCUGGAAGAAGUGAUGAGCCCCGUCACCACACCCACUGAUGAAGAUGUGGGCCACAGGAUCAAACACGUGGCAGGUUCCACGCAGACACGGCAUAUCCCCGAGGACACCCCUAAUGGUUUCCACCUGCAGAGUGUGUCCAAGCUGCUGCUGGUUAUCAGCUGUGUUCUGGUGCUGCUGGUCAUCCUUAACAUGAUGCUCUUCUACAAACUCUGGAUGUUGGAAUACACCACCCAGACCCUCACUGCCUGGCAGGGUCUGAGGCUCCAAGAAAGGUUACCCCAGUCUCAGACAGAAUGGGCCCAGCUCUUGGAGUCCCAACAAAAGUACCACGAUACAGAGCUCCAAAAAUGGAGGGAGAUCAUCAAAUCCUCAGUGAUGCUUCUUGACCAGCCUUGCUCUGGUGCCCAGCAGGCGGACUGGUUCAGCUUUGCCACACUUUCCACUGGCUGCGCCGGGAUCUCUGGAGGCAAAAGCCUGAGAAAGCAGUGGGUGGAGACAGACACCUUCCGAGGAGCUGGCCGACAGCGGCCUGCAGUUCCCGACGCCCCACACCUAUUGCCUGCUCACCAUUCUGCAUCUUGGGGCAGCUAAUGCUAAGAAGAUGCUGGAAAUAGAAUGCCUGAGAAGAGGCUAAGAAAAAUGGAACCAUGGUUUAACCUGGAUGAGAAAACACACAAGGAGGUGCAUGUAUCAGUCUUCUGACACUUGAGGGAGUGUUUGCAAGGGGCUGGGAGCCACAGUUCCCGGAGUCCCUUGAAAGCACAACAAGAACCCUGCAUGAGAACACUCAAACCUCGCCAUCACAAUUCUGGACUGGAUUAAAAGAGAAACAUUUAAGUUGGGUUGAGGAAAGGGCUUCCCCGUCCCCCUAACAAGAAACUAGCUGUGGGAAAUCUGAAGAUUUUCAACUAAAGACUAGAAAGUUUUUUCUCCCAGCUGAGAAUGAGGUUAUGUAAUGAGAGAUGCCAGGGAUGGGGAAGGAGGGUUGCUUGUGUGAUUAUUGGGGGAGGGGCGGCGGGGGGGGGAAGAAGACAAAAGGCUGUCAAGCUUUGGUUUAGAACAGUGGUUCUCAAAGUGUGGUCCCCAGCAGCUCGGGCAUCUCCUGGCAAUUGGUUAGACGUGCAAAUUCCCAGGCUCUAUCUACAGAAUCAGAAAGUCUGCAUUUUAAAAAGUCCUGCAGGGAAUUUUGAGGCUUGCUGAAGUUUGAGCACGGCCCGUUCAGGGAUAUGUAUGGCUUACAUACAGGAGGGUUUGAUGACCUCUAGAUAACCUCAUGAGAUUUCUCUAUGCCCAUCGAGUCAGGGAUUCAACAUAAGCCAGAGAAGCAGGUGCUGCUGAUUUGGCACCUUUAGGCUUCAUGGAGGCUGUCCUCCUUCUCUAAGGAUGAGAGUUAGAGGGUGAAGGAACAGGUCAUUCUGUCGUCAUCUCUGAGCCUUUCCACUCUGAAGAAAGGCACCGAGAGGCAAGCUGUCAGGCAGCUUGCAGGAAGCUGACCGCUAAAGGAAGACAAGUCAAUGGUGACAUUUUUAGAUAUCACCAUUCCCAAUAUACGGGUUUUGCACUCCUCAAGGGUCUCAUUUGUGUGGAAACCCACUAUCCUCCCUCCCGCCAAGAGCAGGGCACCCCCGAGACCCUGUGCCCCAGCCUCACCCUCCUC